AUGUCAAAUUUACUGGAAAAUUUCAAGCCAGGUCCUCUGGAUAUUUACAGAAAAAAUGCUUCCUUUGACUGGAAAAAGCUGAAGGUAUUCUUGGAAACAGAGGACAUCAUUAAAUAUCAGACUGAAGGCUAUGAAGUGUUGAGAAAUCACCCGGAUUUCAGUGAAGGGAACUCAUCUUCGAAAUCGCUCGACGACCAAAGACGAAUCGCAUUCAAACAAUGUAUGGCCCAGAAGAGCAUGGACAUUUUCUCGAUCAAUUAUCAGAUUAUGGAUCUGAAGCGGACGACUGCCGCCACCAGGAUUUUGUUCUCUUCGAAUGCUGGGGCGACCAUCAAAUUUACCGUCGGCGAUACGCUCUUCAAGAGUUCCGUCAUGAACAUGGGUACGGCCAGGCAUCAAAAGUACAUCGAUGAUGUCGAUGAAGGGAAGAUUUUCGGCGCCUACUGCCUCACCGAGAUCGGCCACGGCAGCAACGCGCGAGGCAUGCGCACCACGGCCACCUACGACAAACAGAAGAAGAAAUUCGUCCUGCACUCGCCCGACUUCGAGGCGGCCAAGUGCUGGGCGGGCGGGCUGGGCCAGACGGCCAUGUUCGCCACCGUGUACGCGCAGCUGGUCAUCGAGGGGGAGAAGUAUGGGCUGCACGCUUUCGUGGUGCCUCUGCGAAACCCGAACACGCUGUUGCCGUAUCCGGGCGUCAUUGUCGGGGAUAUGGGGGAGAAGCUCGGGCUGAACGGUAUCGAUAACGGGUUCGUCCAAUUCAACCAUUACGAAAUCCCCCGCGAAAACCUUCUGAACAAAGUGGCCGACGUGACGGAAGAUGGUCGGUUCCUCCAAUUCAACCAUUACGAAAUCCCCCGCGAGAACCUUCUGAACAAAGUGGCUGACGUGACGGAAGAUGGCAGGUACGUCAGUCCCAUCAAGGACCCGAACAAGCGUCACGGCGCCGCUUUGGGCUCCCUCUCCGCCGGUCGGGUGAACAUCGCCUGCAUCUGCGAGACGUUGGGCGUCAAGGCGCUCACGAUCGCCGUCAGGUAUGCGGCGGUGCGGAGACAGUUCGGGCCAGAUGGACGGGGGGAGGUGCCCAUCUUGGAGUACCAGUCGCAUCAACUGCGCCUGAUUCCCUACCUCGCCGCCGCCUACGUGCUCAGGAACUUCAACACGUGGUUCUCGGAGGUGUUCCACCAGUUCACCAUCGAGACGCUGACGGGAAAUGCGCGACCCGACGCCCCGGAGAUGGGGAUAGAGAUCCACGGGGUGUCCUCGGCGUCCAAGCCCAUGGCAGGGUGGCUGAUGAAGGAGGCCAUACAGGAGUCGAGGGAGGCGUGUGCCGGACACGGAUAUCUCAAAGCGGCUGGUCUAGGCGACAUUAGAAACGAACACGACGCGAAUCUAACUUACGAAGGCGAAAACCACGUCCUCAUCCAGCAGACCAGCAACUGGCUGCUGAAAAUGUGGCCUGCUGUGUUACAAAGGAAACCGAUAUCCAGCCCUCUGAAGUCCAUCGACUUCCUCUCCAAUGGCUUGGAGAUACUUGAGAAGAGUCGAUUCAGUGCUAAAAGCGUUGAAGAAGUCAUACGUCUGGACUCCGUAAUCAAAACCUACCAGUGGGUGAUUUGUCAUCUGUUGAGAGCCACUCACAACAAAGUAGAAAGUCAAAUAAAAUCUGGCAAGGACGCUUUCACCGCCAAAAGUGACAGUCAAGUUUAUUAUGCGAAAAGUUUGGCUAUUGCGUUCGUUCAACACUUCAUGUUGCAACGCAUGAUAGCCACUAUAUCCGAAUCCACUGACGCUUCUUUGACAAAUGUCCUCACCAAACUGUGUUCUUUGUUCGGAUUGUGGGCUAUCGAAAAGUACCAUUUGGCAACAUUGUACCAAGGCGGAUUCGCUACAGGACCAACGGCGCCCACUCUAAUACAAGAUUCCAUUUUGAGGUUAUGUGCCGAAUUGAAAAAUGACGCAGUGUCGCUGGUUGACGUCAUAGCAGUCCCAGAUUUUCUACUUAACUCUGUGCUGGGUGCUUCAGAUGGAAUGGUCUACAAACGACUUCAAGAUUCUAUGUUACAAAAUCAAUAUUGUAUCAAUAGACCUCCAUGGUGGAGAGAUAUCGUGAAGACAACACUACAAAAUAAACUGUGA